GUCUCAAGACCUCGACUCACUUGGAAGCUGAGGAUUGCCCUAGUUACGCAAUUCAUGUAUAUAUAUCGAAGGUCCAAGUUAAAUUCAUAAGGUUAUUUGCCGCUUUUGUAUCGAAGGUUCAAAUUAAAAUUCAUAAGGUUAUUUGCUGCUUUUGUGUUAGACUAUAUAUUAUCAGGUAGGAAGGAAACACACAGUUGUGGAUUCUUGCUGUCUGAAAAAAGAAGAUAUUAUGAAAUAAAUUUUCUUUUAACAGUAUCUCGAUCAAGAAUAGUGGGGUCUUAAAGCUUGUCAAAUCAUAUUUGAGCAUUCGUUUCUGGUUGUGGAACUUAGAGAACCCAUCAGGCAUCCCAUUUCUUACCCUUUGUCAUGAUUUAAAACUAUUCAAGUCAUUUGCUUUCAGCUAGUGAUUUAGGACCUUAGGUUCAUGGUGUGGCUCAUGCUGUCUUCUUUUGUUUGAGUCUCUUAACAACAUAUAUUAUUAGCUUUUUGACUUGCUGAUUGAGUCUCAAGUUGUUUGAUUUUUUUCUGUAUUAGACUAGUUAUACUUAUGUUGUAGUCUAACAAAAAUCAUUGCUCUUGCAUCUGUCACGAUCCACAUUCCUCGCAUUCUGGAUGACUAUUGAUUUCCAAGGGUAUGCAAAAGGGAGGGAACAAAGUAGAUCAAGUUAUAUCUCCAGUCCUACACCUUGCUGCUGAAAUGUUGGUAAGCUACUGCAUUAAUUUCGUUAUGUUCUUCCUAUUUUGUUUGGCCACCUUUUGUUGAUCAAGAGCUUCAAACAAUCUCUAAGGGUCUGAAUAAGUCAAUGGUUAACUUCAGGGUAGGCUAUGUUUUAUGUUUUUUAUUGUAUUAAAUUUUUUGUGAACAACCAAUUUUUUUUCUUCUAUAAUGUCAAAUGCCAGGCUAAAUAUUGCCGUUGACUAAUUCAUCAGCGUGAUGGAAUUUAUCUGAAUAAUCCUUUCCACGUUUCUUGAUGCGCAAGGAAGUGUAAAAUAAACUAAUAAUCUCUUUAGUCAGAAGUGCUUAGGUUAAUUAAUCAUGCUGGUGAGCUGUAGAGACUAUUAAAUAUUUAUGUUGUGGCCACAUCUUUAUGAGAGAAACCUGCAACUUCACCUCUCAAGAAUCAAGAAGAAAAAGGUGAAAGAAAAUAAAGAAAACAGAGGAAUGGAGAGAAGGGAAGAUCUUGAGACGAUUUUAGCCUACUUGCCGCUAGAGAUUCAAGAUUCUUCACUGUCUUGGCCAUCCUCGCACUUGGUGGAGGUUUUAGAAGCUUUGACCAAAGGACCGAGUCAUAGCCGAGUUGUCUCGGGACAAACUCUGUCUGAUUGCAUCUCUGACAUGAGACAAUCCCUCUCUUUGACUUGUCAUCUUUCUUAUACAGCACUUCAAGGCUACGCUCUCUUCUUCGACGAGAAAAUGUCAAAAGAAGAAUCAAGCAGGUGGUUCAACGAGGUUUUGCCUGCCAUGGCUUGUCUUCUUUUGAGAUUCCCAUCUCUCUUGGAACUACACUAUCUAAAUUCAGAAAAUAUCAUCAGUGGAGUUGAAACCGGUCUUCGUGUCUUAAGCUCCAACAAAGCAGGCAUUGUGUUCCUCAGCCAGGAACUUAUAGGAGCCUUGCUUUCAUGUUCUUUCUUCUGUUUGUUUCCUAUCGAUGAUAGAGGCUCGAAUCGUCUUCCAAACAUCAAUUUCGACAAACUAUUCGGAAGCCUAAUCAGCACGGGACGAAACGAGCACCAAGAGAACAAGAUAAGGUGCAUUAUUCAUUACUUCCAGAGGAUAUCUUCAUGUAUCCCUCCUGGAUUCGUUUCGUUUGAACGCAAGAUUCUCUCCAUAGAAUCAGGCCUCGAAGCCUUUCCUGAUGAAGGCUUUUGGAGCACAUCUACUGUCAAUCUCUGCCCUGUUGAGGUUCACACUUCUGGUUUGAUAGAGGAUCAAAGCGUUGAAGCUCUUGAAGUUGACUUCGCCAACAAGUACUUAGGAGGUGGCGCUCUUCGCAAGGGAUGUGUACAGGAAGAGAUUCGGUUCAUGAUAAAUCCAGAAUUGAUCGCUGGUAUGCUCUUCUUACCAGCCAUGGAAGUCUCUGAAGCAAUUCAAGUUGUUGGUGCCGAAAGAUUCUCUCAUUACACAGGAUAUUCAUCUUCCUUUAGGUUCUCUGGAGAUUACAUAGACACAAAGGAAAGAGAUGUUUUCGGAAGGAGAAAAACAAGAAUCAUCGCCAUAGAUGCUCUCCGUCAUCCAGGAAUCUCCCAAUACAAACCUGAAUGCCUCCUCAGGGAGGCUAAUAAGGCUCUCUGUGGUUUCCUCCAUGUGUGCAAGAACCAGUGCAUAGAUCAUGAAGAUGGUGUUGGUGUUGCUACAGGCAACUGGGGAUGUGGUGCUUACGGUGGUGAUCCUGAGAUCAAAUCUCUCCUUCAGUGGAUUGCUGUUUCACAGGCAAGAAGGCCUUUCAUGUCUUACUACACUUUUGGAUUGGAAGCACUCCAUAACCUAAAUCAGGUAACGGAAUUAGUUAUAUCUAAAGGAUGGACGGUGGGAGAUGUAUGGAAGAAGCUGGUGGAGUAUUCGAACCAGAGAUUGAGAGGCAGCAAGAAAAGAAGAGAGACUAAAGUUGGUUUGUUUGAUUGGCUUAUCUCGACCAGCUCUGCUUAAUAGCAUUUGGCUUCAGAAGUUUAUUCUAAACAAUAAUAAAUUUGGUUUCAGCAGAGUGUACCAUUUGUAUUUUCGAGCGAAGUUUUUUUAUAAAAUAAAUUGGCGUGAGAA